GUUUCAAGUUUAAAAGAGACCUUUUAAGUUUGCACAGGUGAAAUUGUGUUUGGUAUAUAGCCACGCCUCAAAAACCUGUUGUGUCUGCAUGUAUUUUGUGUAUUACAUGUAGACAUAAGGAAGAUUUCUUUCUUUUCCUUUUUUUUUUUUUAAAUCAAAAUGGCCCCUUUUUUGGCAGCAGGAGCUUGGACAAUAUUGGCAGCACUGGGACUUCUGAGCUGCUGUAGUUUUAACUGGUCUGAGGCCUCAAAGACUAGUAGUACAAGCAAACAGGAAGAAGGACCCUCGUCACUUGAGCGAGUAAAGAGAGGAUGGGUAUGGAACCAGUUCUUUGUGGUGGAGGAGUAUACAGGCACAGAACCACUAUAUGUUGGAAAGAUUCACACGGACUCUGAUGAAGGCGAAGGAAACAUCAAAUACACCAUCUCUGGAGAGGGGGCGGGCACUAUCUUCCUCAUUGAUGAGCUUACAGGAGACAUACAUGCCACAGAGAGACUAGAUCGAGAAGAAAAAGCUUUUUACACACUUCGAGCUCAAGCACGGGACCGGCUCUCCAACGACCCUCUCGAACCAGAGUCAGAGUUUGUCAUUAAGGUCCAGGACAUCAACGACAGUGAGCCUCAGUUCUUGGAAGGCCCCUAUAUCGGCAGUGUGGCUGAGCUGUCGCCCAUUGGAACUUCGGUUAUGAAGGUGACUGCAUCAGACGCCGACGACCCAACCUACGGCAGCAGUGCCAGAGUGGUAUAUAGUGUGCUGGAUGGAGAAAAGUUUUUCACUGUUGAGAGACACACAGGAAUCAUCAUAACAGCAGUGGCAGAUUUGGACCGUGAGACACAGGAUCGUUAUGAGUUAGUCGUCAAGGCAACAGACAUGGCAGGACAAAUGGGUGGUCUCUCUGGCUCCACCACGGUGACCAUAGUGAUCACAGACGUUAAUGACAACCCACCACGCUUCCCACAGAAGAUGUACCAGUUUCCAGUGUCAGAGGGAGCUGCUGUGGGGACGCCAGUUGGACGUGUCAUUGCUACAGAUGCAGACAUGGGGGAGAACACAGACAUGAGUUAUCUGAUCAAAGAGGGGGGGGAGCUCUUCAAGGUCACAACAGAUGUAGAGACACAGGAAGCUGUUGUCUCCAUCAAGAAGCCUCUGGACUUCGAGAGCAAGCGGACACACAAUGUUGUUGUAGAAGCAGUAAAUAAGCAUGUUGACCCUCGCUUUGUGGACCUGGGCUCAUUCCGAGAUCAGACCAUUGUCCGGGUGAGCGUGUCAGAUGUAGAUGAGCCACCCAUUUUUCAACCAGCAGAUGGCACGAUUAUGGAAGUACAAGAAGAUGCCAAAGUUGGGGCUGUAGUCGGUACCGUCACAGCCAGGGAUCCGGAUGUGAAGAACAAACCUGUUAGGUUUUCCAUUGAUCGGACUACAGACCAGGAUAUGAUCUUCCACAUUGAUCCUGACUCUGGUGCCAUCAGAUUGGGAAAGAUUUUGGACCGUGAAACUGCAGGAUGGCACAAUAUCACUGUGAAGGCUGUAGAAGCAGAUAACCAUACAAUGGCAUCCUUCUCAGCAGUGAGCAUUCGGAUUCUGGAUGUAAAUGACAAUCCUCCUGAACUGGCAACACCUUAUGAAGCCUCUAUAUGUGAAGAUGCCAAACCUGGACAGUUAAUUCACACCAUCAGUGUGGUGGAUAAAGAUGAGCCACAAUCUGGGCACCGCUUCUACUUCACCCUGGCCCCUGAAGCCUCCAGCAAUCGUCACUUCACCCUGUGGGAUAUCAAAGACAACACAGCUGGCAUCCGAACCCAGAGGUCAAGAUUUAACCGUCAUGAGCAGAAUGUGUACUUCCUGCCUAUUCUAGUGGUUGACAGCGGGCCUCCCUCCCUCAGCUCCACAGGCACCCUGACCAUCCAUGUCUGUGGUUGCGACACAGAAGGAGCAAUCCAGUCCUGCAAUGCAACAGCCUAUGUAAUGAGUGCAGCUCUCAGCCCCGGGGCACUUAUAGCACUUCUAGUCUGCAUGCUCAUCCUCAUAGUUCUUGUCUUGCUGAUCUUAACCCUGAAACGCCACAGGAAGGGUCAGCGGAUGGCAGAGGACGAGGAGGACAUGAGGGAUAACGUCAUCAAAUACAAUGAUGAGGGUGGAGGGGAGCAGGACACACAGGCAUAUGACAUGAGUGCUCUGAGGAACCUCUAUGACUUUCCAGAGGCUAAGAGCUGUGACUCUGGCCCGGAUAUCCGCUCUCUGCCACAAUGGAUACAAGCAAACAGAGUGGGUGGUGGGGCAGAUGGAGCUGCGGUAGCGGCAACAGCGGACUUCUCUCUUUUUAAAGGUUACAUCCGAAAGAAGGUGGAGCAAGCUGAUGCUGACCUGUCUGUGCCGCCAUAUGACUCCUUCCAGACAUACGCCUUUGAGGGCACCAGUUCACCUGCUCUUUCGCUCAGUUCCAUCCACACGCUGUCCACCACCUCCGAGCAGGAUUUCUCUUACCUCAGCGACUGGGGACCACGCUUUAGGCAACUGGCAGGCUACUAUGCUCCAGGAAACCUUGAGGAGGAAUGCUCCUAGCACAGUUUCUUCUCAGUAUAGAGACUGUUAAACACUCCCUGUUCUUCUAUCUCCUCUUCUCACCCUCUGGCACUCUUGUGAGAUCAUCAGAGCCGACACUGUGUACUCAUUAAAGUCAGAGUACCAUCUCUUUAUCUCUUUUUGAAAAUUCCCAGUUGUAGACUUCGAACUGCUUUGAGCAACCUUUGAUUUUUCUCUUUCUUUUACUUCAGGUUUUGAGUUUUCUCACUUCAGUCUCAAAGUGUUACUGUGGUAAUGGUAUUGGGAAAAGAAUGAACGAACGAUAUCCAAAACUGCCAUUUAGAAAUGUGUGAAGAAAGAAUUUCUUUGUCUCUCAAAAUGGAAACCAUAAGAUAUGAGACUGUUUUGAGAGUUCAUAAGCAUUACUGGGGCAGAGUUCAGCCAAUAAAGAGGUACAUUGUCCGAAAUACAUGCACCUGUUUAAGAAAAAAACAAUCAUGUAUUUAUUUGUUCCAAUUUAUUUAUUUAUUUAUUAUUUGUUUAUACCAUCAUCACUAUGGUGACUGUAACAGUGAACUUUGCUAAAGUGCAAAGGAAAAAGUGAAGGAGGAGGACAUUACAAAAAGAAAGGACUGCAGUGCCAGAGGACUUCACAGAACAUUGGUACAGAUGUGAAAUGUGGGUCAUAUAAAAAUUACAUUGCAGAAAAUAUUUGUAUUUAUUUUCUAUGACCACUUUUGUAAAAUAACCUACCUAACAAAGAUAAGAGAAAAAGCAAGCAGAAAAGAAAAGAACUGCAGCAGAAAUGAGUUACCAGUUCAGUUUGAGGUAAGAUUGACAUAAUUUUGUGUAUGUCAAUUUCUGUAUGUUGAAGAUUUAUAUA